AUGGAAGAGGAAGAGGAUGACUUCGAUGAGUCCGUUCAUUAUCAUGAGUUUGCAGAUCCUAUUUUUGUUUCUGAUGAAGAGGAAGAUGGGGAUGGAGGGGAUGAGACCGGAGAAGAUGGGGCUGGAGGGGAUGAGGCCGGAGAAGAUGGGGCUGAAGAGGAGGAGGAUAAUGUAGAAGUUGCUUCCAAAAGAAAACUUACCUCAACUGUGUGGGCUGAGUUCAAGAGAGUGAAGGUUGCUGGAAAAUGGAAGGCAAAGUGUGUUUAUUGCAAUAAGGAGCUUGGAGGAGAACCAAAGAAUGGGACCAAACAUCCUCACUACCACUUAGGUAUUUGUGUUCUAAAAAAGAUCAAGACCAAGGGUAAAACCCUUAGUCAAUCUUCUUUGAGGUUUGGUUCUGCAAGCCAAGGAAAAGUAAAUGUGGAGAAUUACACAUUUGAUCAAGAUCUUGCUAGAAAGGAGCUAGCAUCCAUGAUUGUGGUGCAUGAGUAUCCCUUAUCUAUAGUCGAUCAUGCAGGUUUUCGAAGAUUUGUUAGUGCCCUUCAACCCUUAUUUAAAAUGGUGACAAGAAACACUAUUAGAAAGGAUAUUGUGAAUGCAUACAAAGCUGAAAGGAAGAAGGCUAUUGAGUAUAUGGCUGGAAAUAAAUCAAGAGUGGCUAUUACUACUGAUAUGUGGACGGCCGACAACCAAAAGAAGGGUUACAUGGCAAUCACAGGCCAUUUCAUUGAUGAUUCUUGGAAGCUUAGGAGUGUUAUCAUGAGGUUUAUUUAUGUGCCAGCUCCUCACACCGGAGAAGUUAUAGCUGAAGAACUUCAUGAAACUUUGAUAUCCUGGAAUCUGGAUGAGAAGCUAUCAGCUGUGACGGUUGACAAUUGCACCACCAAUGACAAGACGGUUAAGUUGUUGGUGACCAAGAUAGGAAAAACCAAGCUCAUGCUGAAAGGUACUUUGCUUCACAUGCGUUGUUGUGCACACAUUUUGAAUCUGAUUGUCAAAGAUGGCUUAGAUGCUAUGAAACCAGCCAUAGAAAAGGUUAGAGAUAGUGUGGCCUUUUGGACUGCUACACCAAAAAGAGUAGAGAAGUUUGAGGAAAUUGCAAAAUAUCAAAAGGUAAAAAUUACAAGAAGAUUAACACUUGAUUGCAAAACUAGGUGGAAUUCAACUUUCACAAUGCUUAGUGUGGCUCUGCCAUAUAGAUCUGUUUUUGCAAGAUUAAAGAAGGUUGACAAACAAUAUGAGAGUCUCCCUAGUGAGGAAGAGUGGGAUUUUGCCACUCAUGUUGUCGAGAGGUUGCGGUUGUUCUUUGACAUCACCGCACUAUUUUCUGGAACUGAUUAUGUGACAGCCAACAUAUAUUUCCCCAAGAUUUGUGAGAUCAAAAUGAACAUGAGACAAUGGUCAACAUGUGGCAAUGCUGUGAUAGAAGCCAUGUCUGCUAGCAUGACAGAGAAGUUCAAUAAAUAUUGGACUGAUAUUCAAAGUCUAAUGGGCAUGGCAACAAUUCUUGAUCCUCGGUACAAAAAUGAGAUGUUGCUUGUUUGCUUUGCAAUGUUAUAUGGUGUCAAUGUUUCAUCUGCAGAAUGUGAGGGGUAUGUGGCAGAAUUAGUUGCCAAGUUAUGCAAAUUGUUAGAGGAAUACAGUCUUGAGAAGGAUGAUGAUGAAUCAGCUCCUUCUUCCUCUUUUUCUUCUAUGCAAGCCCCAGCUCUUAUGUCACUCUUCAAUGAGCGUGUUGCUCAGAAAAGGCCAACAACUUCUAGGAUGAAAUCUGAGUUAGACCGCUACUUAGAAGAUGAGCUAGUUCCAGUUUCACAAGAUAAAUUUAAUGUGUUAGAUUGGUGGAAAGUGGCUGGAACACGCUAUCCUACUUUGCGGAUGCUAGCCCGUGACAUCUUUGCUAUUCCAGUCAGCACCGUUGCUUCAGAAUCUGCAUUCAGUACAAGCGGUAGAGUUCUAUGUGACCAUCGUUGUAGUCUUACUCCAGAAAUGUUAGAGACUCUAAUGUGCUCACAAGAUUGGAUACGGAACAAAUAUAAAGAUGGCAACAAUGCAAACUCACCAAGUUUUUGGACUUGUCUCCAAGAUAAUCAAGAGGUUCUGCCCCCACCUGAUCUGGAAAGUUGCGCUUGA